AUGUUGCCACCAAGAUUGAAGAAGGCCAUCACAGAUAACCCAAAGAAGCUGGCCAACUUGAUUGACCUCGUAAAUCUUCCUUCGACGCUGCGGGAGUUCGUGGGUCAGUCUCAGAUUUCUCAUCUUGGAUGCUUCAUGCGUGUCUGGUCAUACAUCAAGGACAACAAUUUACAGGAUCCAAACAACAAGAACGUGGUCAAAUGUGAUGAAAAGUUGAAGGGUAUUCUGUUGGGAAAGCCUCAGGUUGAGUUAUGUGAGCUUCCUGCACUGAUCAAGCUCCAUUUCCCCAAAGAGCAGAAGUGA